AGGACACUGGCUAACUUGCCCUUAUUGGCCAAGCCAAUUCACGGAGAGGAGCUCGUGCUCUACAUAUCGGUGGGCGAGAGUGCUGUAAGCUCAGUAUUAUUACGAGAAGAAGGAGUGGCACAAUUCCCAAUUUAUUAUGUCAGUCGGGUAAUGCAAGGAGCAGAGUUGAGGUACUCGGAAAUUGAGAAAUGUGCGCUGGCGGUGGUCGUGACAGUUCGGAAGCUGAGGCCAUACUUCCUGAACCACAAAGUCAAGGUGCGCACAAACAUGCCGUUGGAGCAGACUUUAGGUCAACCAGCAGUGUCUGGUCGACUAGUAAAGUGGGCGGUCGAGCUGAGCGAGUACUCUAUAAAAUAUGAACCAAGAAAGGCGAUCAAAGGGCAUGUGUUGGCCGAUUUCAUACAGGAAGGAACAAAGGAGGAGGAAGAUGGCGGAGGAAUGUGGCAGUUAUUCGCAGAUGGUUCGGUAUCGAGGAGCGGGGCUGGCUUGGGAAUAGUCUUGAUUUCACCCAAAGGGGAUUAUUUAGUGUUCGUUGUCAAGAUGGGGUUUCGAGUAUCAAACAACGAGGCAGAAUAUGAAGCGGUGACAAAGGGAUUACAAUUGGCUCUGGCCGGAGGUGCUCGAAGAAUCCAGGUCCAUUCUGACUCGCAAUUGGUGGUCGGUCAAUUCCAAGAAGGUUUCGAGAUCAAAGAAGAUCGGCUGCAACGUCAUGUGGAUAACAUAAAAAAGUUGAAGGAAGAAUUUGGGACGUUCGAAUUAAUACAGAUACCCCGAGGAGAGAAUGUUCGGGCGGAUUUACUGUCUAAAAUCGCACAAAGCUUGGACGAUUGUAAGAGUAGGAGUGUGACUCUACUUCACAUGGAGAGGAGCGCGACGGAAGUCGAGGUGGCGGAGAUCGAGGAGGUAGAAGACUGGAGGGCCCCAAUCCUGAAGGAGUUACGGGAAGGGACCACAAAGGUAAUCUUAAGAGCAGGCUACUUCUGGCCGACAAUGAAAGCGGAUGCUAAGGAAAUGGCCAGGAGGUGUAUGAAGUGCCAGAAGCACGACCCGCUUAUACACCAACCAGCGGAGACAAUGACUACAAUGAGCGCACCUAUUCCGUUUGCACAGUGGGGCAUCGACCUAGUAGGACCAAUGCCACAAGCAACAGGGCAACGAAAAUUUUUGAUCGUGGCGGUCGACUACUUCACGAAAUGGGUGGAAGCUGAACCGUUGGCCAAAAUUACAGAAGAAAAAGUGGUCCAGUUCCUGUAUAAUAACAUUUGCUGCCGGUUUGGUGUCCCUAAAAUCCUGAUAUCUGAUAAUGGAACGCAAUUCAAUGGUAAGCGGAUAAGAGUGUGGUGCGAGGAAAUGGGUAUCGAGCAGCACUUCGCUUCUGUCGCACAUCCACAGGCCAACGGACAGGUAGAGGUGACCAACAGGAUCAUCCUAAACGGACUUAAAACAAGGCUGGAAAAAGCUUCAGGAGCAUGGGUCGACGAGCUGACAUCUGUGCUCUGGGCGUAUAGGACCACUCCAAGGUCGACCACUGGCGAAACGCCAUUUAGCCUGGUAUAUGGGAUGGAAGCGCUUCUACCAGUGGAAUUAGAACUGCAGUCUCAGCAAUCGAGCACUUAUGAUCAAGAGCAAAAUGAAGAACUCAUGCUGACCGCCCUAGACACUAUCGAAGAACUCAGAGAACAAGCCUCGACCAGGGUUGAGGCAUACAAGCAAAGGAUGAGGGCGGCACAUGACCGGAAAGUGAAGAUCCGCCGAUUUCAAGUAGGAGACCUGGUGUGGAAAAGAGUAGAUGUGCUCAAGCAUGUGGGAAAGUUAGAACCCAAUUGGGAAGGGCCGUACUUGGUCAAAAAAGUACAUGCAGGAGGAGCAUACUCUCUGAAGGACUUUAUUCGGAAUAGGUGUUUAGGUAAUCCGUUAGAAGGCUUUUUGGUGCAAUUGAUUGAGCCUUUAUAUACAUAUAUUUUCCAGUUAUCUUCCCCAGCUCAUCGCCGGCGUCCACCGCCGUCGACCACCGCCGGAAAUCGCCCAGCACCGUCGGAAGUCGUUCGAGCCCAGCCACACGCAACCGCACGCAUCACGCGCAGUCGCACGUUGCCCAGGCCCGACGCCAGUCCCAGCAGCGACGCCCAUAAGCACCGCACGAAGGCCCGAC